AUGGAUAAUAAUAUCAUGUCUGCUGGCACAAUACAGGAAAAUACAAAACUCAAUUACAGUGGGGUCCCAGGCCAGGCAUUGGAUGCAAUCAGAAUGAGAUUAUCACAGUUGCUUCAUUCAUUGAAACGAAUAAGAGACGAGUUUGCAAAGCCAGGUACUCAACAAUGGUACACACUACAGUCUCAGUUGAAUGUUACACUUUCACAAUUGAUGUCUGCGACAUCGACAUUACAGCAUUUUCAAGAUACUUUAGACACAACCGUCGUCUAUCCUCUGCCAAAAUUUCCAACCACUUCACAUGAAUCACUUUUGACAACGUUGCUGAGAAAGAAAAAUAUUCCUGAGGUUGACGAUUGGCUUGCCAUGGCUAAAGAAGUGUCAGGCUUGAAUCCAGAAUUACAAAAUGAUGAAGAGAUAAAUGAAAUUCUUAAAAAUGAUAAAGAAGUCACCAAAUGGGUGUUAACAUCUUUAGUGGAAGAGUUCGAGAAAUAUGAUUUUAAACGUCUAUAUAACGGCCCUGGUGUCGAUUCUAGCACGACACCUAAAUAUGCUAAACCAAAGCAACCAUUCGAUAUCAAUGGAAUUAUGGAUUAUCUUUACAAAGGUAAGCUGCCUGAAAGAGAAUCAACUACACCAGAAACAAGUUUAUAA